AUGGAUUUCAUUAUUACAAGUGGUUGGAUGAAGAAAUGGGGAUCUAGAGAGAUGGAACAAUCAGAACUGAAUGUUCUUGAAAAAUCAUGUUCUGGUUCUGGAUAUCAAUCCUCUCUUCCAUCACUAGAGAGAAACGGUAGUUUGAAACUAAGAUGGUUCAUAUUACAGUCUGAUUUCCUAAGUUAUUUCGACAGACAACCUAAAGAUGUAAAUGAUAUGAGUUGUAUGAAAGGACAAAUCUAUUUAAGAGGAUGUAAAUUGAAACAUGGUGGAAUCAUAACACCGAUCUAUCAGCAUUGGUCGAUUGGUAUGGCGCCACAGAACAACAAGAGUUGGAAGUCGAUUGUCAAUGGCGAAACAGAGAUCGAUGCAAUCUCUUUGGUCACUCCCAACGCAGUGGAGUACACAUUCACCAGUAUCGCUGUCAACACGACCGACGCUCUCAAGGAUCUCGAAAACUGGGCAUAUUCAAUCAGCUAUGCCAUACACCUGGCCGACAAGCCGCCACACAACAAUAAGAUUGCAAAUCUCAAGGGAAUCAUCGACUUGACACAUCUCUCUGAGAUCUCCGACAAGAUGCUAACACAGAUCCGUGGACGCUCGGUAACUGUAAUUGGCGAGGGUGGAAUCAGUACAACAACUACCACCAAUGGAAGCGGUGCUACCACCACAACAUCGAUAUCACCAGGCGAAUGUUUUGGAAUGGGAAAUAAUGGCGAUAGUGGUAGUCUCGGUCAGUCGGUGGAGUCGGUUACCGGUCCCAUCGAGGAGGUGACCACAGUGAUUGGAAUCAGUCUGUUGAUUAACAAUGAACGUGAGUUUGUGCUGCUGUUCGAUAGCCAGGAAGAUCGUAUCAAAUGGGUGACUGCUAUUACCAAUGCAGUGGAGCGCACCUUUACUCAACAGAAUGUAACGAUCUACACAUCCAAGGUGAUAAGUCAACCCGACAAACAGGUGAUACUCUCCGGUUGGAUGAGAAAGACCAAGGCAAACAAGUGGUGGGAUCGUCGUUAUUGUACUCUGACGCCAACAUCUCUCAUCUACUAUAAAGAGGAUCCACCACAGAAACCACUGGGAUCGAUAUUCCUCUUGGUAUCGUCGUGUCGUGUCAUCAAACAAAAGAGUUUAGACGGAUUGGACUGGUGUUUUAGUUUGGCAGAUUCACGUGGAUUAGAGUACUUUUUCAACACAGAGACACAAGAUCAAAUGGAACGUUGGAUCAAACAACUCAAACUAGCAAGGAAGAGAAUGAUCAUUACUUUAUUAGAUCAAGGUGGAAAGAUUGUUAUUCCAAUUUCGAUUGGUAAAGAUUGUGGUUUAGUAACAAUACAAGUAAAAGAAACAAUUAGAGUUAAUUCAUUAUCAAAUAAGAUUGCAUAUGAAAUACCAGUUGCCAAUACAAAAACUGUAACAGUAGUAGGAGAUAAUAAGUUGGAGAUUAUAUAUGCACCCGUAGAUGGUGAGGUAGCAGAGAAACGUUUAGAAAUUAUAUCUUCGAAUCCACAUGGUAUACUACAAUUAUUUAAAGAUCUAUUCUCAUCUCAAGAGAAUACAAUCAAUUAG